CAAAUACCCGAUGAGGUAUUCAAGCCGUAAAAGAGGUCAGUCGUGGAGUAACUGGGAUAACAAUAUGCACGUUGAGCUCAACGCGGAGUCAAGUCUAAGCAGUUUUUCUCGUCCGGCCUCUACUAAUGAGAUCCAAGGCCUUAAAUCAAAGUCCUAUACGGCACCCGAGACCAGAGGGCAAAUGGAUUACAUAGAGUUUCUCGCAAAAGAGCACGGUUUGGAGAUAGGAAGUGGUUUAGAGUUUGAUAGACAUCAUAAGCCAACAGAAAGCAGGAAUAGUCAGAGACAGAGCAGAAAUACAUUCAGACACGGUUUGGAGAUAGGAAGUGGUUUAGAGUUUGAUAGACAUCAUAAGCCAACAGAAAGCAGGAAUAGUCAGAGACAGAGCAGAAAUACAUUCAGAGUAAUUGAGUUCAAUGGAAAUUCCUGGGAGUAUAUCAUUGUCUUCAACACCAGAGAAAUGACUGAAUCGUUGCCUAAUUGGGACCAUUGGGACGAAUGGGAGUGA